AAAGAAAAAAAAUAAUAAUUGGGAAAAACACUCAAAAUUGCCCAAAUCCCGAUGCGUCAUUCUAGUAGGCUGUCCGACAUUGCCCGCUUCACACCCUGGUUCACGUUUGGCUCUACGUGAUGAAUCAGCUUGAAUCACAAAGUGAUGGGAGAAUACAAGCUGUGAAUGUCGUUUAACAAUAAUGCAUGGGCAUUUCCAAUUUACUAUUCCUUUCAUGAAUAAAAUCCACCUGACUGUUAAAUUUAUGUCUCGCUUCACAUCAUACAGUGCUGACCUACUCGCAUAUGCCUGUCUUUUGACCUUCCGCACAUUUUCCAUAAUUGAAUGUUUCUUGCUACAUUCAUCUUGCUGCUGGUGAUCGGCACAGAAUCCAUAUUAUGGCUGGGUUAUGCCUACCUUACCGCUCUGACUUACGAUCUAUAUAGUAAAGUUAGCACGGAUCAAGCUGUUGUUCGUCAGAGGAAGCUUCGAAAACAAGUAUUGCAGCUUCGAACCGAGCUUUCGCAAACUAGCUCCCAAGAUCAAUUUGCAAAAUGGGCCAAGAUCCGUCGAAAGUGCGAUAGCGCAACUGACAGUUUAGAAAAGACAAAUUCAGACAUCGCCAUAAAACGAGCAGCAUUUGAAGUCAAGGUGAAAGGCGUCCUGUACUUUGUUGUGCAUGGAUCGCAGCUUUUGACGGUGAUGUGGUUUAGAAAAAGUCCUGUGUUUUAUUUACCUCACGGAUGGUUUGGACCUGUUGCCUGGGUGCUAAGCUUGCCUUUCGCUCCGCGUGGAUCCGUGAGCGUGGCUGUGUGGUUUGCGGCAUGUAGACGUGUUUGCAAGACAUUGGCAUCCUUGGUAAACGAUUUUUAUUUGAAAAAGAAGUUAGACGAAGCCGAUGCCACUACUGCCAGCCCCCAAACUGGCACUCAGCCAUCACCCAAAAAAAACUAAGACUUGGAAAGCUCAAUAAAUGCCACUGUUCAAUAAAGUACAUGCUCGCGCAAUGCUAUAUGAUAAAUGGAAGAAAAAGUGGGAUUUGAUAUCCGUGAUUUCAUUCAGCCGGUUACACAUUACCUGUACGUAAGGCGGUCA